CAAGCAGCAUGGGCAGCAGGGUCACCCCUUCAUAAAGGGCGCCGUUACAAUAGGUUUACUGUUACUCUGACGACUGCCGGGAUACAAUGGAACUGAAUGUACUGGCCUGAUGCUACUCUGUUUCUCUCCCUUUUUCACUUGAUGACAGGCAAGACAGACUGAGGCCGGACAGCAUGAAAUCAGAGGACGCCCCUGAAGUAACCGGACGGACUGAUGGGGCUUCUACUGCUGAGCCUGAUUCUUCGGCACUGGAUCAACAGCGUGGAGGGAGCUUGUUCAGCUGGCAACGCUGUUACCUGUGAUGAUUGCCUGCACCUUAAUCCUCACUGUGCCUGGUGCACACAAGAGAAUUUCACAGACUGGUUUACAGUCAGCGAAAGAUGUGACAUGCUGGAUAUCUUACUAGAAAAGGGAUGUGCCCGGGACCAGCUGGAGUUCCCUGUUUCCAAAGGUCAAAUCCUGCAGGAUCGUCCACUGGGAAAGAAGACGGGCAACGUCAACAGCACCCAGAUCUCCCCGCAAAAAAUGGCGCUCCAGCUGCGACCUGGCAGUCAGGUGACUUUCCAGGUCAAAAUUCAACAAACGGAGGACUAUCCUGUGGACAUCUACUACCUGAUGGACCUGUCAGCAUCCAUGAUCGACGAUCUGGUCAUGAUCAAAGACUUGGGAUCGUCUUUGUCUAAAGAGAUGGCCAAGCUCACGAGUAAAUUCAGAAUGGGCUUUGGCUCCUUCGUGGAGAAACCCAUCCUGCCCUUUAUCAAAAUAACAGAGGAAGAGCUGGCCAACCCGUGCAGCAGUGUAGCCUCAACCUGCCUGCCAACAUUUGGCUACAGACACGUAUUGUCCCUAACGAGCAACACCGACAAGUUCAACCAGAUAAUCGCAAAGCAGCGUGUAUCGGCAAAUGUUGACGUGCCAGAAUGCGGCUUUGACGCCGUCAUGCAGGCAGCGGUUUGUGGGGACAAGAUAGGCUGGAGGAAUGAUUCGAUGCGGCUGCUGGUGUUUGCCAGUGACGCAGACUCGCACUUUGGGAUGGACAGCAAGAUGGCCGGCAUCGUGAUUCCCAACGAUGGGCAGUGUCACCUGGACAGCAACAACGAGUACUCCAUGUCCACGGUGCAGGAGUAUCCAACCCUCGGUCAGCUGAUUGAUAAGGUGGUGGAGAACAACAUCUUGCUGAUAUUUGCUGUGACCGAAGAACAAACACAAAACUAUAAGAAUUAUGCAAAUAUCAUACCUGGUGCCACAGUCGGAGUCCUGGCAACAGAUUCGCGAAACAUCAUGGAGCUGAUUGUAACGGCGUACAAAGAGCUGCGUUCAGAGAUUGAACUGGAGGUCCUUGGAGACACGGAGGGGCUCCAGAUGUCUUUUACAGCCAUUUGCCCAAAUGGGAAUGUUCUCGGUGAUCAAAAACGCUGCUCCAACAUAAAAACUGGAGAGACGGUGGUGUUCAACGUGUCCGUGGAGCUCCCGGGUUGCCUGUCGGAACCUCUGCACUUCACCCUGAAACCGGUGGGUUUGCAGGACAGCCUGGAGGUGGAACUGUCGUCUCUUUGCUCGUGUGACUGCCCGCGGCCUCCCGAAGCAAACGGCAGCCAGUGCGCAGAGGGCCAGGGGGCUUUCCGGUGUGGCGCGUGCGUGUGCCAGCCGGGCUUCGUGGGAGCGGAGUGCGAAUGCAACGAGGAAAGCGCUUUGCUGAGCAACUGCGUUGCCGACAACGAGACGGAGACAUGCAGCGGUCAGGGGGACUGCUUCUGCGGACAAUGCGCGUGCCACCCGUCCAGCUUUGGGCGCGUCUACGGACCUCACUGCGAGUGCGACGAUUUCUCCUGUGUUCGCUUCCGCGGGAAGCUCUGCGCAGGCCACGGGGUUUGUGACUGCGGGGAGUGUCACUGCGCGAGAGGCUGGACGGGCGAGUAUUGUAACUGCAGCACCGGCGCGGAGGCCUGCGCGUCGGAGGAUGGCGCUCUGUGCAGCGGGCGCGGGACAUGCGAGUGCGGCCACUGCGUCUGCUCCGUGCCCGGAGCAUCCGGGGAAAGGUGCGAGAAGUGCCCGACAUGCGGAGACGACUGCAGCUCCGCAAGGACUUGUGUAGAGUGCCAUCUGCAGGAUGAGGACGAGUUGUGUGAUCAAAAGUGCAGCGUCCCAAACAUUUUCGUCAACACAACAGCAGAUCACGACAGGAGCCCUUCAAUGCAAUGCACGCUGAUGAUGGAAAACGAGUGCUGGAUCUCGUUCGACGUGGAAGAGGGGGAGACGGGGACCACCGCCUACAAUCUCCAGAUGUUAGGUUGCCCCGAGCCUCCAAACAUCCCCAUGAUUAUUCUGGGCGUCUCCCUCUCCAUCGUGUGCAUCGGUCUCAUCCUGCUGGCCGCGUGGAAGAUGCUGGUGUCGGUCCACGACCGUAAAGAGGUGGCCAAGUUUGAGGCGGAGAGGUCAAAGGCAAAAUGGCAGACGGGAACCAACCCUCUGUUCAAAAGCUCCACGUCUACAUUCAAAAAUGUAACUUAUAAGAGCAGAGAGGAUGAAAAGAUGAUUACACUAAAUAGCUUCUGAUGACUGGAGGCAAAUCAACAUCUCAAUGCACUUGUGUGUGUGUGCGUGUGUAUGUGUCUGUGUGUGUGUGUGUGACAGAGAGAAAAAACAUUUUUUGUACAAAUCUCUGUUGAUUCAGAGAUGUUAUAACACAGUAGAAAACACUGUGAAGAGACAAACACUACAUGAUGAAUUUGCUGCUGUAAACGUGCACUAUUGAUGUACUGCUAAAAAAUGCACUUCCCUGAUGCAUGGUCCUACAAACUUAAAUGUUUGGAUACUGUAACAUGCAGCAUGGAAAGGAGUCUACACUACGACUGGUCUACUACUGAAAAUAAUCUUUGUAUAUUCUAAUGAAUGUAAAUAUACAGGUGGAUUAUAAUGUUUUUCUUGAUAUUGUGUUUGCUUUUUAUAAUUGAAAGGCUGAGCCUUUCAGUUUUUUAGUGGCAUGGCACAUGAAGGUAAAUAAUACAUUUUUGUGAAAUGACACUUGUUACAACAUGCAGAUAGACAGAUAUUAAACUAGAUGUCGCACCAAGGAACUCUAAUGUGUUUACAGUUGGGGCAGUUUUACAGUUGUUUUGGGUUAUUUGAUUAUUUCCAUAUUUGCACCAUUAAAGUACUUUUAUUAGCUGG